AGACAUCGGACAGAGCAAGGCUCACGUUCGCAAUCUGAGACCCUCCCCUAGUGCCCCAAGUCAUCUAUCGCCCUCUUUUCGAGUAUAUAGGUUCGACUUCAUUCUAACACUUUCCAAACGGUGUUGUAUAUCGCAAUGGAUGCAUUAGGUGUGAAUCUAAAACCGAGUAAGCAAUUUCUUGUAGAAGCAACUUCAGGAUACUUGUUUUUCAACGCUUGUUCCUAUGCAUGUAUCCUAUCGUAAUACGUUCAGGAAGACAUGGAUAUCCACUGAAGAAACAUGAAAUCGAAUAGAUUGUCGAGUUGAGUAAGUAUUUAUCAAUGAGAAAGUUACUCAGGAAAGUUUUGUAGGUACUUAAAAUAACCGUAGUUUUGAUGUCAGUAUCUGGUGAAUAUAUUGGAAGUUUGGUUUGGUACUUAGAAUGUGUAUGAGCUCAAUUUUGGACUGAUUUUGAGUUGUAAUGAUCAUUGAUGCGAGUGCGCAUCUGGCUGACGAUGAAAGUGACUCGUCCGUAAAUCAGGACAGAAUUCUUAAAGUGCCACUGCUCGGAGAACGACGAAGUGUCUGCCUCCAAGGCUCAGUCGGCCGUUUAGCAGCAGGUUCGCCAUCACCGUGGCAUUGACGCUUGAAACGCAGCAGUACUACUGCAUACUCUUCUGGCUACGAAGGUCCGCACUCAAUAGUCACGGCAGGAACCUCGUCCAGUUACUUCAUCGCUGAGCGAAGGCAGUCUUCCGUUGUAUUGGAUUUGAAAAGCAGCUGCACUGAAUCGUUCACGCUAAGCCUUGCGAAGGCAUCUACUGGAGAGGGAUUCUCGAUAAGUGUCACCACGACGAGCUGGAGGUCAGUCUGACGCUUUGCUACGCAGGACGCCUUAAGCCAGUUAUCAUCUUCGAAAUUAGAGGCGAUCACUAGCUUUUUGCAUCGGAAUUGCGCUAAGAAUUGCUGCAGGUUAAGCAGUACAAGCAUUGACGACAGCAACGACGGCAUUCGAAUCGAUUGGCGAAAAGUCGUACUUCCUAGAGAGCAUCGAGGUUACGGUGGAGCGGCAAGGUUGACGAUCAACCAGAAAGUGUCCAAUUGCGCUUCGCCGCAGCAAAAGGCGUUUGUCGACACUAGGAGCAGUAGCGGGCAGUAACUGUAGAGUAGAGAGCAGAAGAAGAGCCCUGUAGGGCAAGAAGACCCUUGCUGCGACACAGUGGCAUUGAAGAACUAAGUCGGUAUUCAGUACUAGCACAAUCUAAAUAGAGGUUGUGCCAAGAACAUGGUGCAGUUGAACAGCACCUUCGGGGAAAAUGGUCCACUGUUCAGUGGGUGGCGGAGUAAAGGGCAUGGCUUCGGCGACGUCUGCAGAAGUUACGUCGACGAUCCAAGCAUAGUCAGACCAUGUAGUGCAUACACCUUUGUUUUCAAUUCUUGAUUGAGCUCUAUCGAUUUUUUGUCAAAUUAUCGAUGCUUUUUUUUUGACUGAUUUCAUCAUGCGGUCUCAUACAACAAUUUAGACUGUCUCGUUAGGACAUGUGAGUUGUUGUUGAGCUUCGUGACCUUCUUCAAUCAACAUCCAUCAGGUCGCGCGUCACCAUCAGGAACGAACUACUACCGAGAGUCAAGGUUAUUCAAAGGCAAGUGGGAGAAGGGUCCACAUGCGAAAAUUGGGAGUGAGAAAAGAAAGGAAUAUGGAAAUGACCCAUCGACGCGAGAUACGCCAGCACCGAACGUGUACGGCGAUGUGACGAAGAAACUAUCAGCGAUCAAGCACGACUACUUGAUAAAAGACCUCAAGCUCAAGUGGAGGUAACAUUUUUCUUCUAUUUGAGGAUGGAGGAUCAAUCUCAAUGAAUUUAACAACCCCCAAGUUGGAAGUGAUUCCUUAGAUUUGAAACGUUUGAAGUGAUUGAAUGCGUGGGAGCAGCCAGGUCACCCAGUUUGCUUAAUAAAUAGUGUGCCUUAACAACUCACUGCAGGUUUCCGACGAUAGAGCAGAAGGUAGCUUCGAAUCCGCGGUAUAGUGGGCCAGGACCAGCCAAGUAUGAUACGAGGUAUCCAGCAGGAGCUAGCGGAUUGGCUAGGGGUAGUAGCAACCCUAGGUGGACCAUGCCUGCUAGAUAUCUCGACAAUACGAAACUCAACGAAGAAGAGGGAAAGCCAGGUCCAGGUCGCUACAACGUCGCAAGCAAGGCCGGGAAGAACUAUCCAAUCAAGCACGGGACAUUGUACUGUUAUUCCUAGAUGAGUGGUCCGGCGCCCGCCACUACUCCAAAUUUGCACUCCUCUUCCGGUAUUGCUUUCAACUUUGAUCAUAGUCAUACAUUCAGCAUCACUUCUAGGACAAAAAUAACGCAAAUUAGGUACGACAUUACGAUUCGCACGCGACCGGAUGCAGCUGACGAUAUAUCGCAGCGAACGCCUGGACCAGGAGCGUAUUUUUCUUGAAUUUAGUAGCUAGUGAGCCGAAGUUAUGUUUGUAAAAUUUGGAUUUUGUGGGACUUCGAUUGAUUGUUCAGAUCACAAACUCGGGACUGUUGAUUUAUUUGCCAUUUUCCGCCUAUGGAUAAUGUGCGGUGAAAAGUAUUCAGGUAUCGCUUGAAGAGUAUGUUCGACCCGAAGUACUGA